AUGAGUGGUAUCAUUGACGCUCAAGCUUUCACUGAUAUCCUGACCGAGCUGAAAGGAAAUGCAACUAUGCAGGGCACCGUCACUGCUCUCUAUGAGAUUGGUAAGUCUUCGAGAAUAAGCAUUGGUUCGGAUUUCCAGCUUGAUGCUAAGAUUACCCCAGGCUGCCUCUUUGGUGCCAUAUUCAUGCUCAUAUGGGGUGACUGGCUCGGUCGUCGUAGGGGUAUAAUCAGCGGUGCUAUAAUCAUGAUCCUUGGGGUGAUCGUGCAGGUGACUUCUUAUGCCGACAAGCAGCCCCUCGCACAGUUUACCAUCGGGCGUAUAAUCACUGGCGUGGGUAAUGGAAUGAACACUUCCACCAUCCCCACCUACCAGGCCGAGGGUGGUACCAUUGCGUUUGGUACACUGAUUGCUUAUUGGAUUGAUUUUGGCGCAUCGUAUGGCCCCCUGAUCUGA